UUUGGAAAAAAGAAACUGUCCUCCUGCUUAGAUAUAUUUUCAUAAUGUCCUGGAAGGCCAGAAUUCUUGGACUUCUCAGAGUUCUGAGACAGGAAGGUGACAAUACAGGGAUGUCCUGUUAAAUCUAGUCUCUGUCUGCAUCCGUCUCAUCAUUUGUCCCUUGCCCCCCAUUCAGACCGUGGAAUGUGAACAGGUAUUGUCUGUUGAGGACAGAGUUUGAGGAGAGACCCUCUGAAGGCCCUGGAAGUAAGUUUGAGCCUUGGGCAGGGCAUUCUAGGAUGCAGAGACUAUAGUUGGUGGUGGUAGAGUCUGGGGCUUCUGGUAGGACUGACCCCUUGGUCCUAUAAGCAUCUUGCCCUGAGGGGAUAGACAGGUUAGAAGAGCUUCAGAGUGGAUCUGUCUAAAGUACAAGACUCAGAAUAGGCUUUCUUUACAACAGCCAAGGGUGGUACUAGCACCAGGACUCAAACUCAGGUAUAUUUGACUAUACUGUCCUUUGUCAACAGUGAGAAGGUGUGGAUUUACAUAGAAAGGACAUGAUUGUUUAUUGUUUGGUGAGUGCAGCAGGUAUGGAAAACAGCUAAUUUGACCAUGUUAUGUCAUGCUUGGAGAAGUGCUUUGAAGUUGGGUUUUUUUUUUUUCUUUUGAUAUGGACCUUUUUUUUUUUUUAAAGUGUUUAUUGAAUUUGCUACAGUAUUGAUUCUAUUAUUUAUGUUUGGGUGUUUUGGCCGAGAUGCACAUAGAACCUGUACCCCCUGCAUUGGAAGGUGAAGUCUUAACCACUGAACUGCCAGGGAAGUCCUGGAGAAGUGCUUUGGAUGGAUCAUGUUUUCAGAGUCCAUAGAGGCUACUGUAUUCUAUUGAGGAAGAUGUCUAACAGCAACACUACUCAAGAGACCCUGGAAAUAAUGAAAGAAUCGGAAAAAAAGCUGGUGGAAGAAUCUGUAAACAAAAACAAGUUUAUAUCUAAGACUCCAAGCAAGGAAGAAAUUGAGAAAGAGAGUGAAGAUACCAGUUUGCGUCAGGAGACACAGCAGAGGCGGACAUCCAACCAUGGUCACGCCAGGAAAAGAGCGAAGUCUAAUUCCAAGCUGAAAUUGGUGCGCAGCCUUGCAGUGUGUGAGGAGUCCUCCGCUCCAUUUGCUGACGGGCCGCUGGAAACCCAGGAUAUAAUUCAGUUGCACAUCAGCUGCCCCUCUGACAAGGAGGAAGAAAAGUCUACAAAGGAUGUCUCUGAAAAGGAAGACAAGGACAAAAACAAAGAAAAGGUCCCAAGGAGGAUGCUGUCUAGAGACUCCAGCCAAGAAUAUACGGACUCCACUGGAAUAGACCUACAUGAAUUUCUUGUAAAUACACUGAAAAAGAACCCAAGGGACAGAAUGAUGCUGCUAAAAUUAGAACAGGAGAUUCUGGACUUUAUUAAUGACAACAACAACCAGUUCAAGAAGUUCCCUCAGAUGACCUCAUAUCACCGGAUGCUAUUACACCGGGUAGCUGCCUAUUUUGGGAUGGACCACAAUGUAGAUCAAACUGGAAAAGCUGUCAUCAUCAACAAAACCAGUAACACAAGAAUCCCUGAACAGAGAUUCUCUGAACAUAUAAAGGAUGAGAAGAAUACAGAAUUUCAGCAGAGAUUCAUUCUUAAGAGAGAUGAUGCCAGUAUGGACCGAGAUGAUAAUCAGAUCAGAGUUCCAUUGCAGGAUGGAAGGAGGAGCAAGUCAAUAGAAGAGAGAGAGGAGGAAUAUCAAAGGGUCCGAGAGAGAAUAUUUGCCCGAGAGACUGGCCAGAACGGAUAUCUAAAUGACAUCAGACUCUCCAAAGAAGCCUUUUCUUCUAGCUCUCACAAGAGAAGGCAGAUUUUUAGGGGGAACCGUGAGGGGCUGAGCCGCACCUCCAGCAGCCGCCAGAGCAGCACAGACAGCGAACUCAAGUCCCUGGAGCCACGGCCGUGGAGCAGCACGGACUCUGAUGGGUCUGUCCGGAGCAUGCGGCCCCCUGUCACCAAAGCCAGCAGCUUCAGUGGGAUCUCCAUCCUCACCCGGGGUGACAGCAUCGGGAGCAGCAAAGGUGGCAGUGCAGGAAGGCUCUCCAGGCCAGGAAUGGCGCUAGGUGCCCCAGAAGUGUGCAGCCAGGUCACCUCAUCCCAGUCUGUCCGGGGCCUUCUCCCGUGUACUGCCCAGCAGCAGCAGCAGCAGCAGCUUCCUGCUCUCCCGCCCACGCCUCAGCAGCAGCCGCCCUUGAGUAGCCACAUGAUCUCACAGCCAGUCCCAGCCCUGCAGCCGUCUCCGCAGCCUGUUCAGUUCUCUCCAGGCUCCUGUCCCCAAGUUCUUCUGCCAGUCUCUCCGCCCCAGCAGUACAACAUGGCAGAUGAUCUCAGCAACCCCUUUGGACAAAUGAGCCUUAGCCGCCAAGGUUCUACUGAAGCAGCUGACCCAUCCUCAGCUCUGUUCCAGCCCCCACUUAUCUCCCAGCACCCUCAGCAGACUAGCUUCAUCAUGGCGUCUGCAGGGCAGCCCCUCCCUCCUUCCACCUACUCCAGCUCUGGCCAUGCACCACCUACUCAGCAAGUCCUGCCACCCCAGGGCUACAUGCAGCCCCCUCAACAGAUCCAGGUGUCUUACUAUUCCCCUGGACAGUAUCCCAAUUCCAACCAGCAAUACCGACCUCUGUCUCACCCGGUGGCCUAUAGCCCCCAGCGUGGUCAGCAGCUGCCUCAGCCAUCCCAGCAGCCUGGUUUACAGCCCAUGAUGCCUAAUCAGCAGCAGGCGGCUUACCAAGGCAUGAUUGGGGUCCAGCAGCCACAGAACCAGGGCCUGCUCAGCAACCAGAGGAGCAGCGUGGGGGGCCAGAUGCAAGGCCUGGUGGUUCAGUACACUCCACUGCCUUCUUACCAAGUCCCAGUGGGUAGUGACUCACAAAAUGUGGUCCAGCCGCCUUUCCAGCAGCCCAUGUUGGUCCCUGCAAGCCAAUCUGUGCAGGGGGCCCUCCCCGCAGGGGGUGUUCCAGUGUACUACAGCAUGAUCCCGCCCGCCCAGCAGAACGGCAGCAGCCCUUCUGUGGGGUUUCUGCAGCCUCCUGGCUCUGAGCAGUACCAGAUGCCUCAGCCUCCCUCUCCCUGCAGCCCGCCGCAGAUGCCACAGCAGUACUCAGCUGUGACUUCAUCAGGAGGAACGACCGAAGGCCUGGCUGGCUGCUGUUCCCCAGAGGUGUUGGAACUGACCCCCUCGAGAGGUCCUUUGAGGUUUCUGCAGGCUUGUCUUGGGAAGAUGCACACGGACAUGAAAUGGCAAUGAAACCUAUGCACAGACUCUCAACUCACAGUGACACAGCAGCGUGGCCAGAGUGAGGUACAUACAGAAAUAGCUUCCCACAUACUUACUGGCUCAUUUUGUAGCUGAGGGCUUUCCAAAGCGGAGAUAACUCUUUUCUCUCCCCACUUCCUGAAGAUAACCCUCUCCCCCACCAAAAAAGGGAAAAAGACGAAGAUACUGUAGGAUUAUAACCUGUAAUUUGGGAAAGAUGCCUGAGGGAUUUUAUUUCCCUGGACAUUCCUUCCCAUAGAUUUCACUCCAGAUGGUAAAGAAAAAGCCUUAUCAGUUUUCUACCUCAGUGAUUUAAAAAAAAACAAAACAAAAAAACAACUAAACAAAAACCAGUUCUGCCAGAGACAUAAAUGUCAUCUGCUUAUAUUUAUGGGGUUUGCUCUGCCCGACCGACCUUUCUGCCCAGGUUUAAUGAUGCCACUUAAAAAGCCAUUCACACGUCCCCUCUCUUUUCAGAGCUUUCAAGAUGAAAUUGAUUUCCUUAUUCAAUUCCCUUCUCCCACUUGCUACUCUAACCCAGGCUUCUUCCCCCAGCCUGAUAAUAUGGAAGUGCUGUCCCUGGGCACUGCCGUGGGGGGUUUUGUUUUGGGAGAUGUGGGCAGUUUUUUGCCACGUGCAUUAAGAAGUGGCCACAGUUCAGCUGCUCACAGAUGCCACCUGCUUCUGGCCUGAGGAUGAGAAGCAUAAGAAUUAGCUCAUCAGCAGAGUAGUGCUUCUGUCCUCGGCUGAGUGAAGGAACAGCGCUCCGGGCCAGCGGGGGAGGACUCAGUGUGGGGAGGCUGCGCCUGAGAACCCUGCAGGAGCUCAGGAAUGAGGCUGCGACUGAGAGCCCUGUCUUUGUUUUUGUUAGGGUCAGAGAAGAUAACAUGAAGACUUUGUUCUCUUCCCCCCUCCACUUUAGACCCCUCAUGGCUCCUUAUGGCUACAUGUUGGCGUUAUAGAGAGCAUCUACUGCCUUGCUUUUGCCCAUAUCCCACACAUGCACACAUCCUCUACCCUUUCCUGGCCCAGGGCAUUAGGCUUAGGUUAUGUUGCCUUCCAGAAAAGCUGUAGAUUUGAUUAUUUUUGCCUUGGCCCCCUCAGCAGUGAGGUAUUUGAAGAAGGUCAGUUGCAGUUUUGUGGCGAAAGGACUUUGGCGCAGGUGGAGCUGCUAGGAUGGGAGAUACAGUGCCCAGAGCAACUGAAGUAAAGGGGGAGUUGUUAAAUGCAUGACACUUCACCACUGCGCAGUUUUCCUGUGGCCCGUCCACAAGCUGUGCUGAUGAAUACCUGUCCCCUCUGGCAGGGGAAGGGAAGGUGUGAGCCUGUCGUCCUGAGUGAGUGUGCUCUCUGAUCAGACGAACCCUGGAGGAUGGGGGAGGGCGCAGACUGGGGAAUCGGACCCACCAGAUGCUGUGUCUCCUCAGCUGUUCUCAGACCUCCCCCCGUUUCUUUUCCUUUCCUUUGACCGAUGCUACCUGAGAAAAGCAGUCACGCUCACUUCCCAGCAUGACUGGUGCCCAGGGCAGAGGCUGCACCAUUUCCUGUCACAGGAAGCAGUGUGAUGGGGGUGGCAGUGGCAGCCCAGAGCGCUGAGCCCUGAGACAGCGCGCUGCAGCAGGUUUUCCAUCUAGCGGCCCCCGACCCAUCUCCCUGCCGCCACACACACAUGAACUCAGCCUGUCCACCCCCAGGAGUGCAGGCUGCGGGUCAUGAGCAAACCCUCACACUAGACAGUCUCCUUUAGGGAGGCGGGGCUCCUGCCCGUCCGUCCCAGCAGGAACUGUCCAUCAGACCGCUUCUCCCUGACCCCUCAUGUUGCUUUUCACCGUGAGGAAGAUUCAGGACUUAGUAUUCCUCCUCAGUGAGCCUUUCCUUCCCCCAGCCUGUGAGAGGGUAAGACUGCAUCCAUGGUUGCCUGGACUAAAAGCCCAUGGCUGCAGCCUGUCAAUAAAAUCUUCAGAGGGUCUCACCCUGCCACUCCAUUCCUGCUCUCACUGCCCUAAUUCAGAACCACUUUGUUCUGUUCCAGUACACUUCUAACCAGUUUUCCAGUCACUAGUCUCCCCCUCCCUUCAGCCGUCUUACCUUUGGCCACUUGGGUUAGCUCUCUGAAGCACAACUCCCGUUUCCAACACCUCUGGGAUACAACCCUUACCUGAAUGUGCUUCAGAUUCUUGACACCAGCUAUUUGUUUAAUGUCCAACUCUCUAAUAGACUGUUCAUUCCGUUGGGGUAGAGACCGGUUUUUUUGUUGUUGUAUACCCAGUGCCUGGCAUAGGAACUGGUACUGGUAAGCGUUCCAUAAAUGUUUGUUGAAUAAAUGGAGAGAUGUAUCUCAUCCCCUAGUACUUCCCCCGCAUAGCUCCUGGGCCUUCCUUAGCACCUUGAAUUAUCUGUCAUUUCCCGAAUGUGACAUAUAUCCCCAUGCCAUUCCCUCUACUUGAAGUGUUCCAACUCACCCUAUCCUUGCCCAAGAAUUAAUGUCCUGGAUCUGGCGUAGUGAAGCUGUGCACAUUUAUCUUCUCCAGAACAACCAGAGAUCACUGACUUAUCUGCAGCCAUUACCAGAAAAGCCCACACGUGCCUGCAGCCCUGGCCCAGGCUCCAGCCUGGGACCUGUACCAUGCCCAGACGUUUGAGCAAUCUGACCUGGGCGUUUGGUAAUAUCUAACUAUGACAGGAUGGAGUAGUUUCCAGCCAAGCCUACCAAAGUACCCCCUCAACCAGGUGAAGGCCAGGAGAGCAUUGGCAUCUUCCCCUCAAACUUCCACUGGUUUGAGGAGAGAGAGUCAGAGACCAAAUCAGCAACUGUCUCAGAUUCCUGGCAGGACACAGUUUAAGUGACCCUGAAGCCAGUGGGUGGAUUUGCUUACUGGCUUUCCCACCCAGGGUUAGCUGACAAGCUAAAAUGUGGUUUGAAUUCAUAACCAGCUGCUUUUUUC